AUGACCAAGCCCAGUCUCCUUGAACUCCCACCGGGAGUUCAGCUCAUCUAUCUCGCAGAGGGAGGAGCAAAUGUGAUCUACCGCUUCGCCACAGCGGGAAGCACACUGAAAGACCCAAACAGGUCACUUUCCGCGGCAAUUGACCGACAAGACCAACUCAACUCUCUCCCAGCGCGCCUCAAAGGAAAAUUACUCCGACUGCGCAAAGAAACUGCCGCCGAUAUCUCUUACAAAGAGAUCGUUCGCAAUUUCGAUACUAUCAUUCGACCGCUCUUCCCUCCGGAGGAAUUAGUCGACCAAACUCUCGUCCAACUCCCCGCCGGUCUCCUCGCUCGCUGUAAUGAGCGUCUCCGUGCAGAUGAAGUAACCGGUUCUCGUCCGAAGAAGCGCCAUGGCGGUUAUCUGUGCCUUAGUGAACCUUUUGGUUUGCUCAUUACUGACAUGACGACUGAUGGUGAACCUGACGCGACUUUAGCCGAACUGAAACCUAAAUGGCUGAAUCAGUCGCCUUCUGCGCCGGCUGCGGCGCAUAGGUGUCGAACUUGUGCGCUGCGCGAAAUGAAGAACCGCGAGUCUUUACUUCUCGGACAUAAAGAGCAGCGGUCGUUUUGUCCGCUGGAUUUGGUGUCUGAGAAAUUUGAGGAUGUGUCGCGAGCUACCGGUUUGAUUAAGGGCUGCAAGGAUCGAUCGCGGCUGGCUCGUAUUUUGUAUUGCAAUUCGACUUUGCGGAGGUUGCAGUCGUUGCAGAAGAUUGAAGGGGAUGUUGGGCUGCAGGGGCCCGGGGCGAAGUCGAGGGACAUGUCGCUUGCUAUGACACUAAGAGAUUGUACGAUGUUCAUCAAAAUACCCCAUGAUGAAAAGCGACCAGUUGAGAUCCGCCUUGGCGACCUCGAUCUCAAGACUGGGGCCGGUGGAAAGGCUGGAUAUUGGCGAUCCCUGGAGGCCCAGCUAAUCGAUCAAGGCUGGUAUGAUGGCUGCAAUAGUAACCAGGAUCCGACCACUGCCCUCCUUGUUGGUUAUGUGGGUGCUACGCACGACACAUCUGGGCCAUCAGAGCCCUCACUUGAUCGCUGGCCAAGUGGUACUCACUUGGCAGUGGACUACUACCCCUCACAAUGGCCGGAACAGAAGUGGGAGUCUGACUUUGCUCAAAUGCGAGAUGCGAACCUAUCGUACGUGCGAGUCAACGAAUUCGACUGGGCCAUCUUAGAACCGGCUGAAGGGCAAUACAAUUUCACUCUUCUCGAUAGGACUCUCGAGCUGCUUGCUCGCUAUCACCUCAAAGCAAUCAUUGGAACGCCCACAGCAGGUCCACCCAACUGGCUCACUGAAAAGUACGAUGUCAGCUUCGUGGACCACACCAAUACCACAUUGCUCUUCGGGUCGCGCCGAACCUAUAGUACUUCCUCGACUGACUACCGUAUACUGAGCCAGAACAUCACGCGAAAACUGGCCGAGCGGUACGGUCAAAACCCAACUGUGGCGGGUUGGCAAUUAGAUAACGAGUUCGGAUGUCACGACACCACGCAGAGCUACGAUCACCAUGCCGUCAGGCGAUUCCAAACAUGGCUGCAAAAGAAGUACGGCACCAUCGAAAACUUAAACGCUGCCCAGGGCCGUCUGUUCUGGUCGGACCAAUAUACUAGCUUUGAUGUGAUUCAGCCUCCAUUCUUGCAGGUCUACACACCACAGCCCGACCAUGUUCUUGAUUGGUACCUAUUCAGCUCAGACAUGAUAAUCGAAUUUGCCCGGAAGCAGACAGAGAUCCUGAGGCAAUAUGCACCGACACAAUUCAUCACGCAUAAUUUCAUGAUGGGCUUCACCGACUUCGACCACUUCAAGUUCUCGCGCGAGGUAGGACUCGAUCUCGCAACAUUUGACGAGUAUCCCCUGUCUGGCCCGAGCUCAUUCUCGUGGCUCUCUUUGGACGACCAGGCAAGAUAUCUACGCACCGGUCUACCCGACUGGCAAGCGCUGCAUCAUGCUCUUUAUCGCGGUGUUGCGGGUGCUGCGUACAACAAAACAUCCGGGCCAUUUGGCGUCAUGGAGAUGCAAACGGGCGUUCUAAACUGGAGUCCUUACCGGGUGUCUCCAUUAAAGGGCAUGGUGCGCCUCUGGACGCUCGAAACAUUCGCAGAUAUGGGUGAUAUGGUGUCCUACUUCCGUUGGCGUCAAGUCCCAUACGCGCAAGAGCAGACAUUGUCCGGUCUGUUUACCUCAGACGGUUUCCCAGAUGAAGGCUUUCUCGAGAUUCAGACAGUGAUAGAUGAAGAUCUCCCGAUGCUCAGGGAAGCACUCAAUGCUGACCAAGCACAGGAGCAUCAAGCAGAUGUGGCUCUUGUAUUCGACUACGUUUCUGUACAAGUUUGGGCCAUCGAUCCCUACAGUGGAGAGUGGAGCUCUAAAGAUACGAGCUAUACGGAUCCAACGGUCCAAUACAUGGACCUCGUGUAUAACUUCUAUUCCGCUCUCCGUCGUCUCGGUCUCUCUGUUGAUGUGAUCAGUCCUGAGCAACCGAUCCAAGGAUACAAGCUCGUCGUCGUCCCGAGUCUACCCAUCAUCCCGAAAACAUUCAACCAAGCACUAGCUAACUACAGCGGCCAUGUCGUUUUCGGGCCACACACUGGCUCGAAAACGGCGACGUUUAGCUAUACUCCUGGUCUCAACCCCUCCAAAGGCCCCCUCCGUGACCGCCUGCCCAUGAGAGUCACCCGUGUAGAGACACCGCCAAGUUAUGCGAAUAGCGGUGUUGUUUAUGCGGGGAAGACAUUCAAUAUUUCGGGCUGGGAGGAGUGGGUUGUCUGCGAACGAAACAACCGUACGAGUGUCGUGACAAUGACAUCUGCUUCGUCACAUCGUCUCGGCAAGCCUGCUGCCUGUUCGAUGGAUGGCUUGCACUACCUUGGCUUUAAUCCAUCCGUCGACCUGCUCGUGUCUUACCUAGGCGAGGUCGCUGAUGACGCGGCGAUUUCUGAUUUUGCGGGGCGGCAGGCCAAUAGUAGCCAUGACCUUGGACCUACGCUGCGAUUUGCGAAAAGAGGGUCCUUGCUCUGGGCAUUCAACUAUGGGUUGGAAUCGGCCAAACUUCCUGCCAUUGAGAAUGCUGAGCUGCUGAUUGGUGAGAAUGGUUCUGAGAUUGCGUCGGCUGGGAUAGCAAUUUGGAGGCUAAAGAGUGCGUUGGCUUGA